AGUGGUAAUAACCAUAUUGCUGUUUCACAUACUUUUCACAACCAUACUGUUAUUAGUCUUACACACAUAGGCUUAAACGUAGAUGUAAAUAGUUUCCGGUGUACUUGUAGCUUGACAGAAGUUGCAAACGGGGUCGAUUCGAAAGAGAGCAAGGUGUCUGUAAGUGUCAUACAUUAUAACACGUAUUUCCUGUUAAUUGUGAAUUGCAUUAGACCUUCACAACAUACAAAGGAUGUACUGUCAAGGGUAUGUGCGCGUGCCGAGGACGUUUUUGUUACCUUUCUGUAAAUGUUUGACUCGCGUGCAUGUGCCAACUAGCAGCUACAGCUAAUGUUAGCUUGGCUAGCUUAGAGGUGUGUUUGCGGUCGUUGGGGAAGCUCGUCGGAAGUCGAAAAUACAUUCUGUGCAUGUGGAGGUUGACGUUAAAUUGCGCUGGCUCUCGUCUUGGUGUUGACAAAAGUGUUUCGCGAUAAUAUGCCUUAGAGCGCCGAAGAGAGAGCCAAGGUUAUCUAUCUAGCAGGUCGCACAGGUGAUGUUCCCCGGUGGUUUCGAGAGACGAGACGUGACGCCAAACUCUGUUUCAAAAUGUAAACGCUUCGCUGAUGCUCAAACGUGGCGUCUCGUGUAUAACGUGACUGAAGACAGUGUAUGAGUGGGACACCCAGCUAAACAUUCUAUCAACUCUCAAAGCUUCUCCUACCUAAACACAACGUGUUGGAGGCGGUACCAAGCAUCAGAAGCACCUAUGACAUUUGGGAUUAUGUUAUUGCCCCAAAUUGCUGUUUGACGGAUCUAUUAAAUGCCUUAACGCAUAACAAUUUCAGAAAAGUCAUGUGUUAUGUCUGCACAUUUUUAUACGUCUUUCUGUAAGAAACUCUACAUGAAAUUGCUAUUUUAAACCAGAAUCGGUUUUGCAAAGACUAACUGGUUGCGCAUAUUACCACAGUGAAGAUCUGCAUUAAGUAAAUCGCUGAUGAUAUCUGAUGAACUAAUGAUGAUUUUCUCAUUGUCUCCCACUAAAGGCUGUGCAGUGUGAUUGACCAGUUGCUGUCAUGUAGUGACUUGAAAUGCUGAAUCUGUCUUCUCCUUCUACCUGUCAUGUCAGUAGUCUUGAACGUGGAUGUAAACAAUACAAACAAACCCCCCUCAAAAAAACGAGCCGUGGACUGGAGAAGAUUUCAAUCUUUUAGUCCCGAUUCUUCCGAGAUGGACGUCGGAGUGUCCAAGUCCCAUGUGUUUCUCAACUACUGUCCCAGAGCCCUCUUCUCCCAGUGGAGCAUCCCGCUGGGUGCACGGUGUGUCAUGGACGCAGUGAUGGAGGGUCACAAGAGCACCCUGAGCUCAGGCAAAAUAGUGGCUCUGGCUGCGGGGCUCUCCGUCGGGGCCACGGUGGGCUACAUGGUCUAUCGCCACAUAAGCAGUGCCAACCACGCUGGUCAGGAUCCCAACACUGAGGUGUCCAAGGUGACACUUCCAGUAGAAGUUUAUAGGAACAUAUCCACAUACCAAGCCAAGUUCUUGGACAUGGUGGCCCAGCAGUCCGGAGCUCAUGUGAGGAUUUUGCCGAAUCCCGGGGAGGCUGGAUGUAAGACGACUGUUUGUUUCCUGCUGCAGGGAUCUCAGGAGCAGGUCUUGCUGGCCCGCUGCGUCCUGGAGAACCUGGUCACUGACUGCAAACCGGUGACCGAGGCUUUGGAAGUUCCUCAGACCGCCUUCGGACGUAUAAUAGGCCGCGGCGGGGAGAGUUUGAAACUUAUCACCAGGACCACAGGGGCCAAAGUAGCUUGUUCCAAAGAGAACACGCACGGCCCCGGGGCCAAGGGCAACGUGACAAUCACAGGGACCAGACAGGAGGUGGAACAGGCCAAGGAGCUGAUUCUAGAGAAAGUCCGGGAGGACACGAUGGUGAGGACAAAGAUCUCACAGUCAUCCGCCCUGCGGCAGAAACGUGGCCACACCGCUGUGAAUCAGAGGCCAGACGGCACAGAGACAGAAGCCCCAGAGGGCUUGAACAACAACGGUCCUUACUCCCAGACAGAGAAGAAUGGGCGUAUCCAUGCCAACGGGACCGCAGCAGAACCAGAAACAAUUUUUGACAAGAUUGAGGAGUUUAAAAUCACCAACACAGCCAACAAGGAGGAGGAGGACGAGAGUGUCUCCACAGACUCCCUCUCUGAAAUUUCUAAGUUCGAAAUUCCCAGCCCAGACCUGAGCUUCCAGCCUGAUGAACAUCUAGAGGUUUAUGUUUCUGCAUCAGAGAACCCGAACCACUUUUGGAUCCAGAUCCUGGGGGUUCGUUCCCUUCAGCUGGACAAACUGACCGAGGAGAUGACCCGCUUCUACAACAGUGGCAACCCCACUGAGCAGAGGGUGGAGACCAUUGUGGUGGGGGACAUCGUUGCCGCUCCAUACCACGAGCACGGCACGUGGAACAGGGCCAGGGUGCUGGGAGUGCUGGGCUCUGGACUGGUGGACCUUUACUACGUUGACUUUGGGGACAACGGGGACAUGCCCAGAGACAGCCUCUGCCGUAUGAGGAGCGACUUCCUCAGUUUACCAUUCCAAGCCAUUGAGUGCAACUUGGCAGGAGUGAGACCAAAAGGAGAGGUGUGGACUGAGGCAGCCCUGGAUGAGUUUGAGCAGCUGACAUACUGCGCCUGCUGGAGACCCCUGCAGGCCAAACUCUGCAGCUACUCCCACUCUGACGUCUCCUCCUGGCCCAGCGUCAAGCUCUACGACAACAGCGAGGGCAAGACCGUAGAUAUCGGCGAGGAGCUCGUACGGCUGGGCCGUGCUGUCAGCUUCCAGGAGGCGGUGAACGUGACGACCGAGGGCAGCAACCUUGGCUGUCUACAGAGGAUGCUGGACGACGUGAUCGGAGCCUCAUCAGAGCUGAGUCUCUCCUGCAUCAGCCUAUCAGAAGCUGCUUCAAUCUCAGGAAGCGUCGACGAUGUCAUAGAAGAUGAGCUGCUCUGAGACCAAAGACAUGAAGAGACAUCAAAGGUGUUGUUUCCUGGCUAGAGGACUGAAUGAGUUGUAACAUUCCACUCUGUCCAUUAAAGUAAAGACCUCUCCUCCUCUUGUCUUCCAGAGACCGUCCACUCCUCAGCAUCGGUUCAAAUGUCUGACCCCAACCGCAUAAAUCCUCAUUGUGAAGCCAUAUUAUUCAGCCAUAUUCACUUUAUUGGUGUUACCACAGUACAGUUGCUAUAUUUUGCCUUCUUGCUGUUGUGUUGUACAACACCGCUCUGCUACUAUGUGUCGUUACUACGUUUCGUGUUCAAGAAAUGACGAGAGGAACAAAAACAGAAAGCCAGUAUUAUUUUUGAAAAAAGCACUGUGAUGAGUCGGUGGAACGAGAAGGCAGCUGAUUAGCUAAUGUCUAUUUUUUCUCAACUUGUAUGUAUAUUAAGAUUGUCAUGGCCUGUAUAUUUGGUCUGACAAGUUCUUAUAUUUUGGAAAUGAAACCAUACAGUAUUAUUGAAUUUGCUCCGCAGAUUUUGUUCGGUAUAAAAAUGUGGGAUCUAUUGAAAAGCAUUCACUAAAGACAGAAGAACGUGGUAGUUUACCUUCAGAGGUGUAAAAGACUGCACUAUAUAUGAUAAAGGAUUUAUUUUAUGUCACAA